ACGGUUUUGUGGAUAGCACCAAAGAAGGUCCAUCUUUUCCCAACUUGCGAAUUCUGGACCUCUCCAACAAUUAUUUUGUUGGUGCUUUGCCUAUUCGGUACAUUGAAAAUUUUAAUGCGAUGAUGGACACUCAUAGAGAUGACGGUCCCCCUGAAUACAUGGGAACGGGAUCUUAUCAAUAUUCACUGGUAGUGAUAAUCAAAGGAUUGGAGUAUGAGCUGCAGAGAAUCUUGACCAUAUUCACUAGCAUCGAUCUCUCAAAAAACAAGUUUGGCGGAGAAAUCCCAGAUGUUUUUGGAAAGCUUAGUUCUCUCAAAGGGCUUAAUCUUUCUCAUAACAACCUUACAGGUCCUAUCUCACAGUCGCUAGGGAAUUUGACAAACCUCGAGUGGUUGGAUCUCUCUUCCAACGAGCUGGUAGGGGAAAUUCCGGAUGAGUUGGUAUCUUUGACAGGACUUUCCAAAUUGAAUCUUUCAAAUAAUCAUCUUGUUGGACCCAUACCAAAAGGCUAUCAGUUCAACACCUUUGGAAAUGAUUCUUAUGAAGGAAACCCUGGACUGUGUGGAUUCCCAUUGUCAAAAUCUUGUGAUGUAAGUAGGACACUGCCGAGCUCCUUCCAAGGGAAAGAUGAGUGGUGGAGAUUUGGCUGGAGAGUUGUGGUGUUAGGCUAUGGGUGUGGAGUUGCUUUUGGACUGCUGAUGGGAUAUCAUGUCUUCCGUACAGGAAAACCAAAAUGGUUUGUGUCUUUGUUUGAUGGCCGACUAAGUCAAAGUGGAAGGAAGAUGAUGAAAGCCAGAAGAGUUGUUCCAAGAAGAAGCUAGUUGCAGGGUUGAUGUUUUAGACCUUUUGAUUAAUGUUUAAUGAAUAAGUACUGCUUGGGUUUGAAGCUCUUGUUUUAUUGUAAAAUUACAGGUCUGUAUAAAUAAAUAAAUAUAUGUCGUUUUGCGCAAAGCCAUAAGUUCUCCGGGCCCGACCCUACGUUGGUCGAGAUUGCCUACGGCCACCCUCCGUUGCACGCAAUUUGUAAAUCACCUCCAUCGCUCCGCUGCCUUUUUCUGUCUCUUCCUUAGCCAGCCUUUUUCUCGAUUCCUUCCUUGGUUCUCUCUGUUUUUUUCUAGUACAAAAUAAUUGAGAAACGAAAGCUUCUGGGAAUUUUGCAGCCAAUUGUUUAGUAUUUUGCUCGUGGUAAGUGGGUUAAUUUGAGCAUUUGAAAAUCGGGUAGAUCGAUCUUGAAUUAUGUAACUUUUGGGAUUGUGAUACGAUGCCGGUAGUAUUCUGGGGUGGUCUCUGAUUUUCUCUUUAGAUUUUGUGAAUUGAGUUGGUUUUAAUCCAGAUGAUCGGGCUUAAUUUUGUGGUUUGAUUUUGAUUGUAAAGAUAAGUCCUUUUUCUUUCUGGGAUGUUUUAUAUGUUCGUGGUUUGGUAUAUGAGUUGGGUUAUCAUCUGAAACCAUAAUCCCCCCUGAAUUUUGAGUUUGUAUUCAUAAGAAACUUCCAAGUUUGAAUUUUGGUCUCCACCAGAGAUAAAUUGUAUUGCGUUUU